AUGGCCGCGGUCCGGGAGUGGUCCUGCGCCCGCUGCACCUUCCUGAACCCGGCCGGCCAGCGUCAAUGCUCCAUCUGCGAGGCUCCUCGGCAGAAGCCUGACCUAGACCAGAUCCUGCGGCUCAGUGUGGAGGGGCAGAAAUGGCCCUGCGCCCGCUGCACCUUCCGCAACUUCCUGGGUAAGGAGGUCUGUGAGGUGUGUGGCUUCGCCCCGGACCCUGCACCUGGACUGCCCCUGGCCUCCACCAUCAAUGGGGCCUUGCCCCCGCCGCCUGCCGUCCUGGCUGAGCCCAGAGCCAUCUGCCAAGACGAGGCGGGACCUGUACGGACAGCGACAGCGGAGCCAACAGCCACCGAGCCUGGGAGCUGGGACUGUCCCCGCUGCACGCUGCACAACACACCCACGGCCAGCUCCUGCUCCGUCUGUGGGGGGCCUCGCAUACUCUCGCUGCCCAGGAUCCCGCCCGAGGCUCUUGUGGUACCCGAGGUGGUGGCCCCUGCCGGCUUCCACUCCGGGCCCACCCCGCUCCUGCCGAGCCUGCCUGGGGACAGCACUGAGGCCACCCCUGCCCCCACCAGCCAAGGCCCACCCACCGCUGACCGGGAGCCCCCACGCGUGCCGACCUUCAGCCCCUUCUCGCCGCCCCUGCAGAACAACCCUGUGCCACGCAGCCGUCGGGAGGUGCCCCCACAGCCCCAGCCGCCGGUGCCUGAGGCCACCCAACCCUCACCCAGCCCCAAGGCUCCCCAGGGCCCCGGGUGGGGGGCAACUGGGACCCCGCACCUGGCAGAGCGGCUGAGUGGGCUAGAGGAGGCGAUGGUGGAGGGCAGCCCAGCCCAUGGCGAGGGCUGUGGCCCAGCCUCGGGCAGCGACAUGAUCGACCUAGCCAGCGACUCUGUGCGCUUCACGCCUGCCAGCCCUUCCAGCCCCGACUUCACCACCUGGUCCUGCGCCCAGUGUACACUCCGCAACCCCACAGUAGCCACCCGCUGCUCAGUCUGUGGCUGCUCCAAGCUGCAUGGCUUCCAGGAGCACAGCGAAUCUACUGCCCACUGCCCCGACUGCAGCCCUGACAGGCUUGGGUCAUGCAGCAGUGGCACCUGCAGCUGGGCCUCCUCAGCCCACAAGGCCACACGCCUCCUCCCGGCUGCAUUGUCCGAACGCCAGGCCCAGUGGGCCUGCCCAGCCUGUACCCUGCUCAAUGAGCCACGUGCCCGGCACUGUGCCACCUGCCACACACCACAGCUGCUAGAGGCUCAGUGCCAGGGGGCCGUGUCCCUGCGGCGCCGGGAGAGCAUGUUGGUGGAGAAGCGCCGGCUGACAGACGAGGGUGAGGCCAAAGCCCUGUGGGAACACAUCGUGGCCUUCUGCCGGGAGAAUGCUAUGAACUUCGUGGACGAUAGCUUCCGGCCCGGGCCCGAGUCUGUGGGUUUCCCCGAGGGUGAUGGAGUCCAGCAGCGUGUGCGGCAGUGGCUGCGUCCCCACGAGAUCAACUGCUCCGUCUUCAAGGAUCCCGUCACGGUUCCGUGGACCGUGUUCUGUCGACUGCGGCCCUCAGACAUCCUGCAGGGGCUUCUGGGGAACUGCUGGUUCCUGAGCGCCCUGGCGGUGCUGGCGGAGCGGCCUGACCUUGUGGAGCGUGUCAUGGUCACUAGAGACCUAUGUCCCGAGGGCGCCUACCAAGUGCGGCUCUGCAAAGAUGGUACAUGGAUCACGGUGCUGGUGGACGACAUGCUGCCCUGUGAUGAGGGUGGUUACCUGCUCUUCUCCCAGGCCCAGCGGAAGCAGCUGUGGGUGGCGCUCAUUGAAAAGGCACUCGCCAAGCUGCACGGCUCCUACUUUGCGCUACAGGCGGGUCGUGCCAUCGAGGGCCUGGCCACGCUUACUGGGGCGCCCUGUGAGAGCCUCCUCCUGCAGGUCAGCUCCACCAACCCCCGAGAAGAGCCCGUAGACACUGACCUCAUCUGGGCCAAGAUGCUAAGCUGCAAAGAGGCAGGGUUCCUCAUGGGGGCCUCCUGCGGUGGGGGCAACAUGAAGGUAGACGACGCGGCCUACGAGAGCCUGGGUCUGCGGCCACGCCAUGCUUACUCCAUCCUGGACGUUCGUGAUGUGCAGGGCUCCAGGCUCCUGCGGCUUCGGAACCCAUGGGGCCGUUUCUCCUGGAAUGGCAGCUGGUCGGACGAGUGGCCACACUGGCCAGGACACCUGCGUGGGGAGCUUGUCCCCCUGGGCAGCGGCGAAGGUGUCUUCUGGAUGGAGUACAGUGACUUUAUCAGGUACUUCGACUCGGUGGACAUCUGCAAGGCUCGCUCCGACUGGCAGGAGGUGCGGGUCCGGGGCUGCUUCCCCCGCUCAGCCAGCGGGCCUGUGGGUGUCACCGCCCUGACUGUGCUCGAGAGGGCUUCGCUGGACUUUGCCCUCUUCCAGGAGGGUAGCAGGCGCUCAGACUCAGGGGACAGCCAUCUCCUCGACCUGUGCAUCCUGGUGUUCCGGGCCACCUUUGGCAGCGGGGGCCGCCUGAGCCUGGGCCGCCUCCUGGCCCACAGCAAACGGGCCGUCAAGAAGUUUGUCAACUGUGACGUCAUGUUGGAGCCGGGCGAAUAUGCGGUUGUGUGCUGCGCCUUCAACCACUGGGGCACCAGCCCUGCCGCCAUACAGGGUAACGGGGCACCCAGGCAGGUCGCCAGCCCUUCUCCAGGGAGCCCGCGCUGCGCCCCAGAGCCGCCUGGCCAUGUGCUGGCCGUCUACAGCUCCAGGCUGGUGAUGGUGGAACCAGUGGAAGCCCAGCCCAGCACGCUAGCCGAUGCCAUCAUCCUGCUGACCGAGAGCCGGGGCGAGCGGCACGAGGGCCGCGAGGGCAUGACCUGCUACUACCUGACGCACGGCUGGGCGGGGCUCAUUGUGGUGGUGGAGAAUCGGCACCCCAAGUCCUACCUGCACGUUCAGUGCGACUGUACCGACAGCUUCAACGUGGUAUCCACGAGAGGCAGCCUGCGCACCCAUGACAGUGUACCGCCCCUGCACAGGCAGGUCCUGGUGAUCCUGUCUCAGCUGGAAGGCAAUGCUGGCUUCUCCAUCACACACCGCCUGGCACACCGCAAGGCAACCCAGGCCUUCCUCAGCGACUGGACAGCCACCAAGGGCACCCACAGCCCCCCACUCACGCCCGAGGUUGCUGGCCUGCAUGGGCCUCGGCCACUGUGA